UGGGCAGGAAAACUCGAAGGCCGGGUGGUUGCGAAGGCCAGAGGAAACUUAAAUUUGUCUGCCACAGCGUCCCUUCCUGCUGCGCUUGCGAAGACAGUCUGAAAACGCCCAGCAUGCCUACCGAGUGCACGGAAACCAAGUUCACCAUCCCGUACGGCAGCCUGGCUGCCAAGCAGUGGGGCGACCAGGCGCGCGCCACCACCCGCGUCCUGGCGCUGCACGGCUGGAGAAACAACGCCGGCACCUUCGACACCCUCAUUCCGCUGCUCGCACCAGAGAUCUUUGUGGUCGCUCUGGACCUGAGCGGUCACGGCCUGUCGUCGCACAAGCCCGCCGGCUGCAGCUACAGCUACCACGAGUACGUCAUGGACGUGUGCCGCGUCGUUCAACAGCUCAAGUGGGAGCGCUUCUGCAUCAUGGGUCACAGCUUCGGCUGCACCGUGGGCAUGAUGUACGCGAGCUUCUUCCCGGACCGCGUCCAGUGCGUCGUCGCGCUGGACCUGUACGCGCCUCUGCAUGUGCCACGAGAACGCCUCACCCAAGACACCAGCAAGCUGAUCAGCAGCUUCAUUCACCUGGAAAGCAAGCUGAACCAGCCGCCGAGUUACACCGAGGAAGAGCUGCUUAAGAGGCUCGACGAAGCUACGCUGCACACCCUGAACAAGGACACUAUGCGAAUUCUAAUGGGCAGGGACGUCGCCCGCGCCACCGGCACCGACGAGGAAGGCAAGCUCGUAUUGCGCACGGACCAGAGGACCAAGGUCAUCAGCACGGUUCUGCUGGACGCAGAUUUCCAGUACACGCUCAUGGAGAAGAUCCGCUGUGACCUGCUAAUGAUAACGGCGUCGGAGAUCGACGAGCGCAUUAUGCGUCAGAGCAUGGACCGCUUCUUCGCCGUUUACAAGCGCUGCUGCCCGCGCUUCAAGCACGUUGAGGUCGAGGGAAACCACUACGUGCACCUCAACCAUCCCGAGAGAGUGGCCCCGCUGAUAAACGAGUUUUUGGCCGAUGUAAAGUCGGUGUAAGAAAUUGUAGGAGAUGGAGAACAUUUAAUAUUUUUUUUAGAUAUUGAGGCGGUGAAAUAUUUCACGCGAUAACUUUAACAAUUUAUAGUGACAUAGCUUGCUUGGCCUUUUGGCGCGUGUUAGAUCAGACUGAUAAACCAGCAGAGAUAGGGACGUGGCAUAGAAGUGGCAUAAAAAUUAGCGCACGUGUGAGGACAAAAUUUGAGAAUUAGUGAAGGCUCACUUUCAAAGGAUUGAACAUGUGAAGCUAAUUAAAAACAUCCUUUUGAAGAAAAGUGUGCGCUUUAGCAUUGUGCUUUCAAUAUUCUUGUUACCACUUUCGCAGAACCACUUCACUAUGCUCUCUUCUGCCUUAUGUCCCUUAAGACGGCGUUGUUGUAUUCAAAGCUCUACUUAGCCAUUGAAACUUACUCUGUAGAAUGGUUGCGGGGUUUGUGUUGUUGGCACUCUGAGGUAUCUCCCACAUAGCAGAAUUACGCAAACAUAUCUGUGUGAGCUUUGAAGAACAUUGUGUUUGGAAACGCGUGGGAAUUUUGCAGGCAUCAGUCAUUGACGGUUUCAGUAUCUGACAGUGGUUUUAUUUUUCGCAUUGUUCGCGGUGCGAGGGUGUGUGCGAUAGAAAGUACAGAAGUGAAGAAAACAUUUUCAUUUCAUAAUUGGAAGAUUCUUAGCUCUGAAUACAUUCAGGUAAACUGAACUGGAAACACAAGGGUGCCAGCAUUCAUCAGAAGGUUCCUUGCCGAUGUUUCUAUGUUUGCUUAUGAAAUAUGUUACGAAAAAUUAAGCUCAUUCGUUUUACAUUGGCUCAAGUUUCUUCCUAAUACAGAAUACUUAUAUUGUUCUAUUAACUUCUGCAAAGGCUUCGGAUCAACUAAACCAACGGCCAAACAGUAGUUUUUUAGUUUCCUUUUGCUUGCGCCUCAUGAUAUUCAGCAGUUAUAAUAUAUAUAAGAAUCUUAAUGAGGUGCUGAGUGGACAGUUUUUUGCUGUCCAGCUACUGUUGUCUGGGCAUUUAAAUAUUUACAUUAGACCUUCAUAAAGUUCGUUCAGAGUUUAAGGGCUGCAUACAUUUCAAUAUUAGGAGCUACCGCUGCUUUUAUUCUAAGAAUAUGUGCAGUGCCACCCCAAGGAAUGUCUUACUUAUAGGACACAUUAAAAUUCUACAGAAAAUUCUUCAGGAAGUCAUGAAGUGAAACCGUCUGUAUAAAAUGUAUUGCUGUUUAUACGUGUACGGCUCCAGAAAACGGCAGUAUAGCUGCAGUUUUCUGCGGCUGCUAUCAACAAGCGGAAUCUACAUUGUAUACAUUAAGCUGCUGAAGAAUGCUGCACAAUGAUAAUAUUGUGAGGCCGGCGUUCAUGUACCCGUCCACGCAAUAUACUGGAAUGUAAAUGUGUCUCAACAAUUGCUGCUAUUUUGUUCUGCCUCGUUGCUUUUUUGUAAGCAUGGAUUUACACUUUCAUAUUUUUGUCGCAGCAGGCAUAUCGCACACAAUAUUUUCGCUCACAUCCUUGAGAAAAGGAUGUGGACGUGCUUUUACCUAUAGCCGGGUCAUUGCACACUAGUGUUUGAGUCACGCUGUCACUGUCCAACGCACAUCAUAGCAUUUUAGGCAUUAGAAACUGUAAUCACUGCGCACUUUUUCUGUUGACUUUAGCAUUUAUUGUUGACUGAAGUUAUCCCUUAAGCGUUGUAAUAAUGUAUCUGGUGCGUUUCACAGAUACAUGGCUACAUUUAACACGCGAAUGCUUUCUUUAGCAUUCCCAUUUGUAAUAAUACUGUGUGAAUAUACGGGUGUGUAAGUUAUUGGACACCAUUUCAGAAUUUGUAUAAGAGCCUGUAAGUGACACUAUUAGUGGCACGUACUUGACUUGGGCAUUUAUACAUGGAAGCGAAACCGGAGUAGAAUUUGCCGAUCGUUCAUUUCUGCACAUUCCUGAAGUGGGCUUUUGAAAUGCGUGCAUUGGAGUCAUGCUUCCAUGUUCUUUUUGUGUUUUAUAUUUGAGGCGUUUAUUGGAACACAUCGUGCAAAAUAACCGCUCUUUUGAAGCCAGCUUUCUUUUGUUAAGCUUUGCAAAUGAAGAUAUGACUGAAUAUACUCUUCAAAUCUGUUCAGUAGCGCACCUGCUGACGUGAUAACACUAGUGUGGUGAACUCAUGUUUUUACAAAGUGUGUACGUCUGGUUGACAUUACGGGAAGGCGUCUUCUCUUGAAGGUCCUUUAAUAGGACGGCAUAACGCACAGUCACAUUGAGCUAUUGCCUGCCGUAGAGUUUUGCUGUUGCUUCUUAUUUAAGCUAUGUGGAAUCGCAGGUGUGUUAGCGUACAGAUGCGUUUUUUUGUUAUUCUGACGCCAGGCAUACUAUGCAGCAAGGGCAUCACGGUUUACGGCAUCUUUACCAGGGUGUUCUAAUGAAGCCAUUUUGCGGCGUGCUUCACUUUGGCCAAAUAAAGCGUAACUGCCUUGGUCGCCUUUUCCCAAUGCCCUUCACAGGGUAGUACGUACAUGCCGGUGAAAUGGCAUAGUUGUUUUACUGUAUGUGAAUGGAUGAGCUGAAGAAUGGACGUAGGCAUAAAUGAGUCAAUGCGCAGCUUUUACACGUGCUAAUAGAAUCUGGGUGGGUCAAAGGUACGGAACGCUGUGAUUCUCCCCGGAGGGCCCACACUCGGUAAAGUGAAACCGUCAUUUUUGCCGAGGUGUGUGCACUUCUGUGUGAAUAGUCGUUGGAACAUGUUGGAGUGAUAUAUUGCGCUUUGUUUUGUGCCGAUCAUUGUUGCAGUGAUAUAUUGCGCUUUGUUUUGUGCCGAUCAUUGUUGCAGUCGCAAAUGUGUGUUUUUGUUUAAUAAACUUUUUUUUGGCACU